AUGGCGAUACGGUACUCGUGCGCCCUCGACAUCAUCGAGUCGGUAGCCCGGGACAUGUCGUCCAAGCGCGUCGAGUGCUCCGACCUGGUCCCGCUCGAGGACGGCGUUGGCCGCGUCGCCGGCAGGGACCACGCCAGCGCCGAGCCGACGCCGCCGUUCGACUGCGCCGCCGUCCACGGCUUCGCCGUGCGCUCGUGCUCCACCAUCAACGCCUCGGACGCGAACCCCGUCGUCUACCGCGUCAGGACGGGCGUCUUCGCCGCCGGCGACGACGGGGCCGUGUCCGUCGGCGCCGCCGCCGAGGACGGGGCCGAGGUCGCCGUCGAGGUCGCGGCCGGGACGAGGUUUCCCGACGCGCCUGCCGCCGGAGAGCCCCGAUUCGAUGCCUGCGUUGCGGCCGAGGAGGUGGAGGAGUGCAAGGGGCCGUCGCGGCUGGCUAAGAGGCUCUCCAUUGGCGCUCGGUAUAUCAGGAUUACCAAGCCCGUCGAGCCCAGGUCGAACUUGCGGGCAGCGGGGAGCGACCUGAGGAAGGGGGACGUGAUCAUCAAGGCGGGGGAGGAGAUCCGCUCGAGCCACGUCAUCCCCCUCGCGGCGGCGGGGGUCAGCGAAAUCACGGUGGUCCGGCGGAUGCAGGUCGGGAUCUGGUCGACGGGGAGGGAGAUUGUGUCUGCAAGAGGCGAGGUGCGGCAGGACAGGAGGGCGAGCUGCGGGCGGGACAUCAACGGGCCGUACCUGAUGGCCGCGGUCCACGAGGCCGGGGCGGAGGAGGAGUUCCUGGGCGUCAUGAGGGACGACCACCCCGCGUCGCUGGAGGAGGCGAUCCGCGGCGAGCUGGAGUCGCUGCACUCGGACGUCCUCAUCAUCACGGGCGUCGUGUCGAGCGGCAGGUCCUGCCUCGUCAGGACGGUGCUCGCCAGGCUUGGCGCCAAGAUCCACUUCCACGACGUGGCCAUCCGUCCGGGGCGCCCUGCACUGUUUGCGACCGUGUCGGGCCCCGGCGGCGGAAGGGCCGCCUUCUUCGGGCUCCCCGGGGACCCGGCGGCGGCGGCGGUCGGCUUCAAGUUCCUGGUGACGCCGUACCUCCGGCAUGUACAGGGCCAGCCCCUGGACCGGCCGAUCCCCGCGACCCUGGUUUCCCGGUGCUCGACGCGCCUCGACGGCGACGGCAGGGGGUGCGCCACGCAGGCGACGGACAAGAGCCCCUGCCCGCUGUGCAUGGACUGCUUCCGGCACGGGGUCAUGCGGUUGACGGAGGUCGGGAAGGCGGUCGCGCUCUGUAAGGACCAGAGUCCCUGGAGGGUGGCGCCGUACGUCGAGGCGAACUGUUGGGUGCAUCUGAACCAGGGGCAGGAGAUCGUGGCCGGGGCGGUGGUGCCUUGCUACCCGAUGUCCGCCAGCGUGGAAUCAAUGAUGUGUAACUGUCUUCGAUGAUUUGAUGUUUGUUUUUAGGAUGGGGAAUUAGGAUUGCAGGUAGCAUAGCUUUUGUCGCGUUAUAGCGAAGUUUUGUUCUUGAG